CGCGCAACCCGAUCCCUUCACCAUACCCGAAUCCUUUUCUCUCCUUUCAUACUCCUCAACACCUCUCCUCUCUACCUAUCGCAAUGCAGGCCUUCCGCCGUAACACUGUCUCGGCCCUCCGCCAGUUCGGUGCCACCCAGCGCCGGACUGAGGCCACCUCUGCCUACCAAUCCACCGUGAACAACCUUCGCAUCAACAAGGACACUCGCGUCCUGUUCCAGGGUUUCACCGGAAAGCAGGGAACCUUCCACGCAGAGCAGGCCAUCGCCUACGGCACAAAUGUUGUCGGCGGUACCAACCCCAAGAAGGCUGGCAGCACUCACCUCGACCUCCCCGUCUUCGCCAACGUUAGCGAUGCCGUGAAGGAGACCGGUGCUACCGCCUCUGCUAUCUUCGUCCCUCCCCCUCUCGCUGCUGCCGGUAUCGAGGAGGCCAUCGCCGCUGAGAUGGGCCUCGUUGUUUGCAUUACUGAGGGUAUUCCUCAGCACGACAUGGUCCGCAUCACCGAUAUCCUCAAGACCCAGAACAAGACCCGCCUGGUCGGCCCCAACUGCCCCGGUAUCAUCGCUCCCGGACAAUGCAAGAUCGGUAUCAUGCCCGGCUUCAUCCACAAGCGCGGUCGUGUCGGUAUCGUCUCCCGCUCCGGUACUUUGACCUACGAGGCCGUCAACCAGACCACCCAGGCCGGCCUUGGUCAGUCUCUCGUCGUCGGUAUCGGUGGUGACCCCUUCUCCGGCACCAACUUCAUCGACUGCCUGAAGAUCUUCCUCGAGGACCCCGAGACCGACGGUAUCAUCAUGAUCGGUGAGAUUGGUGGUUCCGCCGAGGAGGACGCCGCCGAGUUCUUCAAGGCCAACAACAUCCACAACAAGCCCGCCGUCUCCUUCAUCGCCGGUAUCUCUGCUCCCCCCGGUCGCCGCAUGGGUCACGCCGGUGCCAUCGUCUCCGGUGGUAAGGGUGGUGCCGACUCCAAGAUCUCCGCCCUGACCGAUGCCGGUGUCAUUGUCGAGCGCAGCCCCGCCAACCUCGGCAAGUCCCUCCUUGCUGAGUUCGUCAAGCGCGACCUUGUCUAAAUUAGUCGCUGUUGAUGCAUCAUGUGUCUUUUUUGCCUGUAUCUUUAUGCUACGGCUGGGGAUCUGAGGUGAUAUUUGCCAUUUAUACUAUGGGGUUUUAUGGGCUGUUCCUUGGUAACUGCUCCUGUAUUCUUUUUCUCCUUUGUGUUAGAGACCCUUGAAGUAAUUACUUUCGUG